ACACACACACACACGCACGCAGCGCGUGAAAUCUCGGCUGACAGCAGCACUGCUCGCGGUACAAUAUGAGUGUACGCUUGUGUGCAUGUGUGUUUGUCAGGCUGCACUGAGCGCGUGCCGCUAUGAGUGGGAAGAGCCUCUUGCUGAAGGUCAUUCUGCUGGGGGACGGCGGCGUGGGCAAAAGCUCCCUCAUGAACCGCUACGUGACGGACCGCUUCGACUCGCAGUCGUUCCACACCAUCGGCGUGGAGUUCCUGAACCGGGACUUGGAGAUCGAAGGCCGGCUGGUGACGCUGCAGAUCUGGGACACGGCGGGCCAGGAGCGCUUCAAGAGCCUGCGCACGCCCUUCUACCGCGGGGCCGACUGCUGCCUGCUAACCUUCGCCGUGGACGACCUGCAGAGCUUCCAGAACCUGGGCUGCUGGAAGAAGGAGUUCAUGUACUACUCGGACGUACGAGACCCCGAGCGCUUCCCCUUCGUGGUGCUGGGAAACAAGGUGGACAAGGAGGAGCGCGAGGUCGGGGAGGACGAGGCCAGGGCGUGGUGUGAGGAGAACGGGUGCUGUCCGUACUUCGAGACCAGCGCUAAAGACGACAUGAACGUGGGGGCGGCUUUCGAGGCUGCGGUUCGGGAAGUCCUGGCUAGCGAGGACCCGAUUGAUCACGCUCUCCUGAGCAGCUCCAUCGAUCUUCACGGGAACCGUAAAGUGUCUCGCUCGUCCUGUUGCUGAGGUGUCUUUCCAACCGCUCCUGUCGGGUUAGAGUUGAAAGUACCGACUUCAGUUUAAAAAAAUCUGUUGAGCGGAAUCGUAAACGCCUCUGAUUGGUCGUUGUGUUCACGAGCUCAUCGGAUAUGUCUGUGAUUGGCUGUAAUGAUCAGUGAGCGUUUGAACCGAUCCGACCGCUGAUAGACGCUCGCGUGUUGCCAAUCACAGACACGUUUGAUGAGCGUGCGAGUACAACGGCCAAUCAGAGGCGGUUACGAUUCCACUCAAAGCGCCACAUUUUUUAAAUUUCAGCCUCGACUUGGUACCGAAGUCUGUACUUUCGUCAACUCUAGUCCGUGUGGACUCGCCCUCUCCCGCUGAUGUGCCUGAGAGCUUUCCGGACCGGACGCGUCUCGCGAGCUACACACACUCAUCUACCCACAGUCUGGCACAAAGUAGCGAGCAACGAGCAAUCGCAUCCAGAAUAAAAGUUUGUGUUUACUUAAUAUAUGUGUAUGUACUGUGUGUAAUUAUUUUGUGUAACUCAUUUUUCUUUAAUAUAAGAUACUACAAGGUAAUUAUUCACACAUAUAUUAUGUAAACACAAAGUUUUAUUCUGGAUGUGAUUAAUCGUGAUCUUUCCCCAGUCGAAGGCUUUUCUGCUCGCGGUGUGUGUGUGUUGAGUUUCAGCGCAGAUCGGCCGCUCUUCUACAUCCUGCUGUUUUAAAUGCACAUUACUGUGUUGUGGUACUUGUUUUGUCCUGAUAUUUUAUGAUGUAUAACCUCAGAGAGUGACACAUUGCUGACCACUGCUGUCUGUGAUAUAAGAGAAAGGGCAUUUAUGUGGUAUUGAAAGAAAUAAGGCAUUUUUAAUUUAUUUUGCUCAUAAGUUAUUCUUCGGGUAAAGUCUGAUGAGAAUAUGUUUGGGUCAUAUUUCAGCACAAAUUCACCACAUGCUUGAUAAUGUGUCAUUAUCAUUACACAUUUUAAACACAUUCUCAUUAUCGUAAUGUAAAAAAAAAAAAAAAAACAUUGGAUGAUCAUUACUG